GAGAUUUGUGAAUUUUGUUCACAGGCGAGAGCAGGAAUAUUUGUUCUGAAAAAUCGACUGAAGCUUCAGCGGAGAUGGCAUGGAGAGCUCAACUAUCUCGGAAUUUGAAGGAGCUUCGGAUCCUAUUCUGCCCGUCUUCCCCAGAAAGCUCCCUCACUAGGGAGUUCAUAGAAAGGAAUUACAAGGAUCUCAAGACUUUAAACCCCAAACUUCCAAUUUUGAUCCGUGAGUGCAAGGGGAUUGAGCCACAAUUGUGGGCUAGAUUUGAUAUGGGUGUGGAGAGGGGCAUUUGUCUGAAAGGUAUCGUAGAGCAGCCACACAUCGAGAAGGCCAUGGAAGAGCUUGUGAAGAUUGGAGGAGCACUGAAAAGAUCAUCAUAAUGCUCCUGCUGAACCAUUAGCAAUAAAACAAACCGACAACCGUGGGAAGAUCUCCCUACUAUUGUUUGCCUGUUGUUUAAUCUCUUGGUUUCAAUGUGACUGCUUUCUGAGAAUUCUCACUUGUAUUUGAGAAUCGCAUACUCUGUAUCCUGUUUUGCUGUUUGCUCAGGAAACAUACAAUUGAGUUCAGUUUUUCUCCCUCCAAAAAUGAUAACCAAUAUUUUUGCCCAUUUUAGGCAGUUAAC